CGGCUGCGGGGUCCUGGCCCCGCGGCCGCCUGCGGCUCGACUGGGCGCUUCGCUGCUGCUGGGCGGGCGCUGCAUUCUCCGAGUCUCCACCAGAGGCUGCGGGAGGAAGGAAGGGAUCCGUCCCUUGCACACUUCCCCCCUAGUCAGACACGCACACUCCCUCGCUCCCGCUCGCUCACUCCCUCGCUCUCUCGCUCACACACACGCGCACACGCCGCCGCGGCGCCCCCUCUCGCGCCCGCUCUCCCUCUGGCUUCUCCGGGCGGCCGCCGGGCUCCCGACUCGCCCGCCCGCCCGCGCCGGGGCUCCCGCCCCACGCAGCGUCCCGAGGCGGCAGCACCGGGGGGAGCCCCCGGCCGCUCCCCGAGGCUCCUGGCCUGGGCCCCCACUCCUCCGAGGAUCAGCGGGGACCAUGGCGUGUGGUGGACCAAGGAGCUGCAGAAGCGCCACCUGCUGAUCCCGCUGCAGGGGGGCUCGGGCGGGGGCCCAGGGGGUGGCUGCGCCCCCUCCCCUCCAGCCAGGCUGAAGACCACCAUGUGACGCGGCGCCGCCCCGUCGUGGCACUGAGCAGCUACGCCCCGGGUGCCUGCUGUUCUUGCUCCUGGGGUCGGCCCGCUCAGGCGAAGCAUGAGGCGGAGGCCCGAUGGCUGGGGGCUCCAAGCGGGGCCGCUGUUGCCCACGUUGCUGCUGCUGCUGCUGCUGAUGCCGCCGCCUCCGCUACUGCUGUGCCGCCUGUGGGCAGCGGGCACGCCCACACUGGUGCCUGGGGCUCUGCCCGACAGCUCACUGGGGCCCGGCCGGGUGAAGCGAGGUUGGGUGUGGAACCAGUUCUUCGUGGUGGAGGAGUACACGGGCACUGAGCCCCUGUAUGUCGGCAAGAUCCAUUCAGACUCAGAUGAGGGUGACGGGGCCAUCAAGUACACCAUCUCAGGCGAGGGCGCAGGGACCAUCUUCUUGAUCGAUGAGCUGACGGGUGACAUCCAUGCCAUGGAGCGGUUGGACCGGGAGCAGAAGACCUUCUACACACUGAGGGCUCAGGCUCGAGACCGUGCCACCAACCGCCUGCUGGAGCCUGAGUCUGAGUUCAUCAUCAAGGUGCAGGACAUCAAUGACAGUGAACCCCGAUUCUUGCACGGCCCAUACAUUGGCAGUGUGGCUGAGCUGUCACCCACAGGCACGUCGGUGAUGCAGGUGAUGGCCUCGGAUGCGGAUGACCCCACUUACGGCAAUAGUGCCCGGCUGGUGUACAGCGUUCUGGAUGGCGAACACCAUUUCACCGUGGACUCCAAGACUGGUGUGAUCCGGACAGCUGUGCCCGACCUUGACCGUGAGAGCCAAGAGCGCUAUGAGGUGGUGAUCCAGGCCAUGGACAUGGCAGGCCAGCUGGGCGGCCUCUCGGGCUCCACUACUGUCACCAUCGUGGUCACAGAUGUCAAUGACAACCCGCCCCGUUUCCCACAGAAAAUGUAUCAAUUCAGCAUUCAGGAGUCGGCCCCCAUCGGCACGGCUGUUGGACGCAUCAAGGCCGAGGACUCUGACGUGGGUGAGAACACAGACAUGACUUACCACCUUAAGGAAGAAAGUGGCAGCGGCGGCCAUGCAUUCAAAGUCAUCACAGACAGCGACACUCAGGAGGCCAUCAUCGUAGUGCAGAAGGGCCUAGACUUUGAAACCCAGCCAGUACACACCGUGGUGCUGGAGGCGCUCAACAAGUUCGUGGACCCCCGCUUCGCCGACCUGGGCACAUUCCGCGACCAGGCGAUCGUGCGCGUGGCUGUGACCGACGUGGAUGAGCCCCCGGAGUUCCGGCCCCCCUCGGGCCUCCUGGAGGUGCAAGAGGACGCGCAGGUGGGCUCCCUGGUCGGCGUAGUGACGGCGCGGGACCCCGACGCCGCCAACCGGCCCGUCCGGUACGCCAUUGACCGUGACUCAGAUUUGGACCGGAUCUUUGAUAUCGAUGCAGACACGGGUGCCAUUGUGACGGGCAAGGGCCUGGACCGUGAGACAGCGGGCUGGCAUAACAUCACUGUGCUGGCCAUGGAGGCAGACAACCAUGCCCAGCUAUCCCGUGCAUCUCUAAGGAUUCGAAUCCUGGAUGUGAAUGACAAUCCACCAGAACUGGCCACCCCAUAUGAGGCAGCUGUGUGUGAGGAUGCCAAGCCAGGCCAGCUCAUCCAGACCAUCAGCGUGGUAGACAGAGAUGAACCCCAGGGUGGGCACCGCUUCUAUUUCCGCCUGGUGCCUGAAGCUCCCAGCACCCCUCAUUUCUCUUUGCUCGACAUCCAAGAUAACACAGCUGCCGUGCACACACAGCACAUGGGCUUCAACCGGCAAGAGCAGGAUGUGUUCUUCCUGCCCAUCCUGGUGGUGGACAGUGGGCCACCCACCCUAAGCAGCACGGGGACUCUCACCAUCCGCAUCUGCGGCUGCGACAGCUCUGGUGCCAUCCAGUCCUGCAACACCACGGCCUUUGUCAUGGCUGCCUCUCUCAGCCCUGGAGCCCUCAUUGCCCUCUUAGUCUGUGUCCUCAUCCUGGUUGUGCUGGUGCUGCUGAUCCUCACCCUGAGGCGCCACCACAAGAGCCACCUGAGCUCGGAUGAGGAUGAGGACAUGCGAGACAACGUCAUCAAAUACAACGACGAGGGCGGUGGUGAGCAGGACACCGAGGCCUACGACAUGUCCGCGCUGAGGAGCCUCUAUGACUUCGGUGGUGAGCUCAAGGGCAGCAGCGGCGGCGGCGACGUGGGUGGCGGCGGGGAGGGCAGCCCCCAGUCGGUGCACCUGCCCUCGGAGCGCCAUUCCCUCCCUCAGGGACCGCCGAGCCCCGAGCCGGACUUCUCGGUGUUCAGGGACUUCAUCAGCCGCAAGGUGGCGCUGGCGGACGGGGACCUGUCUGUGCCGCCCUAUGACGCCUUCCAGACCUACGCCUUCGAAGGCGCGGCCUCGCGGGCCACCUCGCUCAGCUCGCUGCACAGCGGCUCGUCGGGCUCCGAGCAGGACUUCGCCUUUCUCAGCAGCUGGGGCCCGCGCUUCCGGCCUCUGGCGGCGCUCUACGCGGGACACCGCUCCGAGGACGAGCCUUCCGCCUCCUAGCCCCCGGCCCUCCCCAAGCCAACACCUCAGCUGUCCCGGGACACAGUUUUUCCCCUGCUCGGCCCCUCCCCCCCAGCCCUCCCGGCUUCCCAGGACCACUGCUCGAGGGGGGACUUGCUGGGGGAUGGAUUCCGCAGAGCUCCCCCAUGGCGGGCUAUGCAGCUUUUGUCCCAGGGGUGCGUGAACUACCACCAUCAUCAUUAGACGUGCGUGUGGCCAGACUGGGGGAGGGGAGAAGGGACCGAGUUAGGGUGACUUUGCAGCGUGGAGGAGGGCGGGGUGUUCAUUCCUGCGUUGGCGGGAGGACGCUGCCCAGGUGCACCCCCUUGCCCUGGCUUCCUCAUCAGCAUUCAAGAGGAGAGGAGGGCUGCUCAUUUACUAAGCACCUACUGUGUGCUGGGACACUGUACAGAGACCGUCUUAGUUGUCACAGAAACCAUGAGGUGGGGCCCUGUGAGUCAUAGAUGGAGAAAGCCACCCAGAGAAGUGACUGUGACCUGUCUAAGGACACCAGGCCAAUGAACCCAGGAGCCUCUGGCACCGACCUACCAGCUGCCUGGCCUUGGGCAAGUCGCCUCACUUCUCUGGGCUUCAGUUUCCUCAUCUGUCAAAUGAGGUUACUAACAGAACCUACCUCAAAGAGUUGUGAGGAUCAAAAGGGUUCAUGAGUGAUCACAUGGUUCGGACAGUGCCUGGCACAUAGUAGGUGUCCAAUAAAUGUUAGCCUUUAAUACUA